UUUGUUUUAAACCUGCUGCCUAUUCAUUUCAUUGGGUGACCCCUGGUUCCUGCACUGGAGAAAUGCCCUGAUUUCAGGCAUGCCUGUAGCUGGCACAAUGCAAACCACGUCGGAAGGCAGCCUCUGGGUCCGUAGAGUAUGAAGGUGACAUGUUUGCAGAAGAUCUUUAAAAAAAUAUUUUCCCAGAUCUUUUAUAAGAAGGGGGGGAAAGGUUUUUAGUUCCACCCCCUCUUUCUCUAGCUUUCUCCCCUUCUCUUUUCCUCCUUUUUCAGAGGUAAAAUGGUAAAAAGAUAAAACAAGAGAGAGAAAGGGGAGGGGAAAAGCAGAAAAGCACCUAUUUUUGUCAAAUAACUGCAAACAUUUUCGAAGAAAUGAACAUUUCCCAUGAAGAUUUGCAACUAGAAAAAAAGCCACUUUCUGUUCAAAAACGUUUCUGAAUCACAAACAGGGGCACUGAAUACGUCCGACACCAGAGCGCCACUCAGCUGGACCUGAGAAUUGGGCAGCAUGUUUUGACCCACAAAUCUAAAUUUCCUGUGUGGUUUCACAGUCCCAAGAAGCUGCCAGGACUUCUCGUAAAGGCUGGUCAGUUUCACUCUUGUGUGCACACUUAGUUCUCAUUUCAAUCUGUUUGCUCGAAGAAGCAGCUCCGCUGAGUUUGGGGAAGAUGGAGGACGACGAAGGUUACACGGUAUUGAAUCUCCGGCCGAAGAGGGGAAACUCAGCCAGCCCGUCCCCAGCUGGACGCCAAGUGCCUAGAGACCCCAUCCAUGAUCGGGACCCUUUUGUGCCAGAGUCUCCUACGAGUGCCCGUUGUUACAAAAUCGCCCUAGGAGUUUUGGGGGCCUUUUGUAUCAUACAGAUGUUAGUGAUUGCACUGGGUGCUUGGGGAUGUUGUUACAAAGUUUGUCAGGGCUUCUCUAAUAAAGGACCAGCCUUGAAGAGCGACGGUGUCACUCAGGGAACCGGAAGUGGAAGAGAAUGCAACGCCAGCCUGGAGGACUUGUUUUUUCGUCUGAAGCAGAGUCUGUGCGAUCCAGCCCAGAUAAGCUCAGCAGGUGGAUCCGGGUGCAAACUCUGCCCCAGGGAGUGGCUGCUGCUCAGGGACAAGUGCUACUGGCUGUCUAACGAGACUAAGACCUGGAACGAGAGCUGUGAUGACUGUUCAAAGAAGGGAUCUCAAAUGCUGGUGAUCCAGGACUGGGAACAGAUGGAUUACCUGCAGCCUGUCAUACCAGUUGAUCAUACUGUUUGGAUUGGAUUAACAUUCAACUCUUCACAGAGGGAGUGGACCUGGGUGGACGGUGCCUCUGUCCAUGGAGAACUGGUCCCAGGAUUACGUCAGGCUGAAAAGAACAGCUGUGGAGAGUUAAGAAAGACUAGGAUUGAUUUAGAAACCUGCAACACGGAAUUAAAAUGGCUCUGCCAGAAAGCAGCUUUCCUGCUAUAGACCGUGGCAGGACUGAUGUGGGAAGUAAAGAGUCUUCAGUCCCUGAAAGUAUGUUUACUUAUAAAUGUAAUAUCAGAUUGCUGCAUAUCUGGGGCCAGAGUGUGAAUCCGCCAUACUGGAGUCAAAGGGACCGGGACCCCAGCUGACGUACAUCUGCACCAUCGAAGUCAAUGGUUUUAUUGUCCACUAAAGAAAAGCAACCCCAGUGACGCACUGGGCCAUAAUUGCUAGAAGUUUCCCCCACUCCAGCCCCCCCCCCGGAAUAAAGAGGACACGCACCUUCCCCCAGGGGUGGCAAAGCCAGGGAGCUAGUGCCCCUGCAAUGGAAAUAUUGUGAGUCUGCAUAACUGGCAUGCUCCUGGGAGGUGGAGGGCAAGAACGGGACCCGGAGGGCUGGAACGGGCCUGGGAACAGGUAGGGACCAACCCUCCCAGCUUGAAGCCCCUUCGCCCCAGAAUGCUAAGUCUCAGAACCUCCCUUCACAAUUCCCCUCCUGUUUCCCUGCCCCCACUCCCAGGGAACCUCCACUUCCACCCCCACUUUGUUCCCCUUUAACCCAGCUUCCUUUAAUAUGCUGCCCCAGCCAGCCAUGUGACCUGUUAACCCUUUACAGGCUGCAGCACCUUGUCCUUGUUGCAGACCCUGUCUGUGUGUCCUGGAUGCAAAGCACGGGUCACUUCUUUGGGAAAAUAAACGUUUGUGAUAAUGUCA